AUGGAUAAUCAGGAUUUUUACAACAUGUUUUCGGGUGUUGGUGCUACUCAAAGUCCGGCGAGUAUCAUGCAAAACGUCAACUUAGAAAACGAACUGGGAACCAUGCAGAAGCCGCCAAAGUUGAUGAGUUUAGAUGAGUAUUCGGGAUGGUCCGGGAGAUUCAAAAAUUGGGUGCAGGCUAACCAUCUAGAGUGCUGGAUAAAAAUCGAACGGAAGUAUGUUCCUCCGGUAGACGGGUUGAAUAUGUUGAAAACCAUCGCAAGUCUUACAGAGGCAGAGCAGAUUGAAUUCAAAGCAGAAAAGAAGAUGGUUAGCAUUCUGCAGCAAGCGAUAAAAGAGGAUAUUCUAGUUCUGCUACAGCACGAUGAGAGUGCACAGUCGAUAUGGCAAGCUUUAGAACAGAAAUUCAAAGGCAGUGCGUCGAUGAUCAAGAGUAAGAAGGCACUAAUAAAGAAAGAAUUUGAUAUAUUCACGGGAAUUAAAGGUGAAUCAACAAAGCAGCUUAUUGAAAGGUAUUGUCAUCUGGUGGUAGAGAUGAGAAGGUUGAAAAUUGAAAAGACGAAUGAGGAGUGGAUAGACAAGUUAUGUGAUGCGCUUCCCUAUGAGGAAUGGGGAACUUGGGACAAGUAUAUUCCAGGAAAGGAUGAUCGAGCAAUGAUGGCUGAGGUAGUUGAAAUUACCGAGACAGUUGCAGAGCCGAAGGUUGUCGAUGAGGUAGUUACAAAGAAUGUUGAUGAGGUAGUUUCUGAAAGUGUUGUUGAGUCUGAUUCUGAGGUGGUUGAGGAAGCAGUUACUAAGAUGGUUGAUUCUGUGACUGAAAUUGUGAUUGAAGAGGUUAUGGAAGUUGCUGAUCAGGUGGUUCCAGAGGUUGUUGAAAAGGAUUCUACAGAUAGCUCUGCAAAAGCUGGAGAAUCAGUGACUGAAUUUCUCAACUUUCAAUCACGACAGGAGGAAUUUGUUUAUACAAUGAAAUCUAUUUUGCCUCCUAACGUUUUUGAUUCUUUUGCAGAUUAUUUUGAAGAACCAAGAACUGGAACGUGUCCGAGAUUUGAAACAAAGAAAGAAGCAGUUGAGGAGGUGAUCGAUGUUUCGAAGGAAAUGAAUGAAGAAGCUCUAAAGGAGAUUGCAGAUAAAGCAUUGAUGAGCAAGUUGAAAGAGGUAGACACAGAUUUUCAGGAGUCAAGUGAUAAGAUAUCAGGUCUAGGAGAGGAAACUGGAGUCUUAGAGGUCAACUUGGUCAAAACGUCUGAGUCAGAGUCAAAUCUUGUUGGUAAAGUUGUUUGUGAGGAUGAGAUUAUAGUUGAAAAAGUUUCAAUCCCCGAUACACCGUGUCUAAGUUGUUCACAACCAUGCACGGGGUGUCUUGAAAAAGACACCAAGUAUCAGGAAUUAAAACAACAUGCAGAUUUGGUGAAGUUUGACUUAGAGCAAGUAAAAGAGGCUUACGACACAUUGUCUAGGUCAAUAAAAAUGAUCCAAAAAGAGAGUCUUGAAAACGAUAAAGCAACCAAGCUGGCACAAUCAACUUUAUUUGAUAAAUAG